AAGGAAAAAGGAGGCAACUUUAAGGGGCCAAAUUGCGUUCUCCUUUUGAGAUUUCUUUCACAAACUUCCGAAAGGAGCAAAUUCGGAGAGGAAAGCCUGGCUUUUCCGUUUGUGCUCUGCCUUUUCGAGCGCCUUCUCCCCUCCCCCACUUCGUGUCUCUGCUGCUGCGGCUGCUCCUCUUCGUCCUCCUCCUCCUCCUCCUCCUCCGAGCCCCCCAGAAAAUCUCUCUGUUUUUCUCUGUUUCGCUCUGUUUCUCUCGAGCGUUUCCCCGUUCCCAUGGAAGCUUGAACAGGGGACGGAGGGAACCGAGAACUUAGCUAGAGAGAGCGAGAGAGAGAGGCGAGGAAGAUACGCGCGUUCUUCGGGCGUUUCGACGGCGCAUUUUCUGUGGGCUUUUUUGCGCCUUCGUAUGAGCAGGGAGAGGGAAUAAGACGGCUUCCGGAGACGCAGAGACAGAGAGAGACAGAGCGGUUGUUUGAUGGGUUGGGAGGAGGGGCCGCGGACAUGCAAUGGUGGCGGGCUCCUGAGGCGGCUCCUGUUGCUCUCGCUGCUGGCGGCGGCGGCGGAGAUGGCGGCGCCGCAGGACGCGGGGCAGGGGGACGGGGCGCCGCGGCGGGGCCGGAACGCCUACGCGACGAUGAUGUACAUGGGGACGCCGAGGGACUACGAGUUCUACGUGGCGACGCGGGUCCUCGUCAGAUCGCUCGCGAGGCUCGGCGUCGACGCCGAUCUGGUCGUCAUUGCCGCCAACGACGUGCCCCUCCGCUGGGUCCGAGCUCUGGAACAGGAAGAUGGUGCAAAGGUGGUAAGAGUGGAUAACCUCAAUAAUCCGUACAAGAAUCAGCCUCAUUUCGAUCGCAGAUUCAAGUUGUCCCUGAACAAGCUCUACGUGUGGAGCUUGGUAGACUACGAGAGGGUUGUCAUGCUCGAUGCAGACAACCUCUUCCUUCGAAAAACUGACGAAUUAUUCCAAUGUGGCCAGUUCUGUGCUGUGUUCAUCAAUCCUUGCAUCUUCCACACAGGCCUCUUCGUGUUGCAGCCGUCAGCUGGGGUGUUCAAGGACAUGCUUCAUCAGUUGGAAGUUGGUAAAGAGAAUCCAGAUGGUGCAGACCAGGGUUUCAUCAGUGGUUACUUUCCUGAUUUGCUCGAUCGGCCCAUGUUUCAUCCGCCUGCGAACGGCACUAAGCUCGACGGAAAUUAUAGACUUCCAUUGGGUUACCAAAUGGAUGCUUCCUACUACUAUCUUAGACUUCGGUGGAACAUCCCCUGCGGUCCAAACAGUGUGAUCACUUUCCCAGGCGCGCCGUGGUUGAAGCCAUGGUACUGGUGGUCGUGGCCUGUCCUUCCUUUAGGAAUAUCUUGGCAUGAGCAGCGGCGUCGUACUCUUGGUUACAGCGCAGAAAUGCCGUUCGCGCUGAUCCAAACUGUCUUUUACCUAGCCAUGAUCACAAUGACGCGUUUGGCACGGCCAAACUUCUCCAAGCUAUGCUACAGGCGGACUGACAGGAGCACCUCCUUAAUCCAGACGGCCCUCAAAUUGGUAGCCAUUUGGUCAAUCCUCGCCGCCUACACCGUCCCGUUCUUCCUCAUCCCUCACACGAUUCAUCCCUUGCUGGGUUGGAGCCUCUAUUUGCUUGGGUCCUUCGCUCUCUUGUCCAUCACCAUCAAUGCCUUUUUGCUUCCUGCACUCACGAUUUUGGUCCCAUGGUUCGGGAUAAUCGGAACCCUCGUGGCCAUGGCAUUUCCUUGGUAUCCGGACGGUGUUGUGAGGGCCCUCGCUGUGUUUGCCUACGCAUUCUGCUGCGCACCUCUGGUGUGGAUAUCCUUCGUGAAGGUCAUGACGUGCCUUCAGGUAUCGCUCGAGAGAGAGGGGUUCCUCCCGAGAUUGGGCGAGCCAUCCCCAGCCCCGGGGUUCAACAAACUGUACUGAAGGCGCACGUUCUGGACAAACACCUGAUGUUUAUAUAGGAUUGCAUCCAAAAGGGAAUUCCGCGAGGAAAGAACACGGGUUUGGAAGCCGCCAGUCGGAGUGGAGAUCAAUGGGGGGAAGUUUGAAACUUUUUGCACUCCUGCAUUCUGUACCAUAAUUUUUUUCAAGAUUUAUUGAAACAGGGAAGAUUGCUUCAUUUCUGUUGAAAUUACUGCAUUAUUUUUCUUCGGCGAACCGUUCCUAUGGGUAUUUAUUCUUGGAAAUGACCAUUCAUUCUUGGAA